AUGGACCGACUCCUACAUGCUUUCGGCUAUUUUAAUGGUGCUAAGGUAGAUGUACUUGAAGAAGUUCGGCCAAAGGAAGAGGUACUGAAGAAGAGAAAGGAUUUGAUAGGAUCGAAAUGUCAAAUAUUCUACCAAGAUGAUCCUUUUAUGGUGUCGAAAGCUUCUAUGCAAUAUUUGUACGAUGAAGCUGGGAAACAGUACAUCGACUGUAUUAGUAACGUUCAACAUGUGCUCAAAAUCAUGCAUCUAUGUUAUAACAUCAAAAUUCAUACUAUGUAA